AUGCGCACCAGAACUACCAAGGCCAGCCCUGCUUCUCCUGUUCCUCGCCCACGCUCCCAAUAUUCCUCCAACGCCAUGCACUGGCUCUUCCGCUCAAACUUACCCCAUCGCAGAAGCUCUGCUGCAUACAGCGCUGACCUUGGACGGAGGAACUUUUUUGGUAUGAGCGAAGUAUUUAAUGUUCUUCUGAACCCUUCCGAGACGCUUCGCUCCCUGAGCGAGUCAAGGCGCCUUCUCGAGGAAGCCCGCAACGAAAUCAACGAGACACGCGACACACACGAGCGCUCUCCGUUGCGUACAAAACACGCGUUCACCCGUCUCCCGUGCUUUCUUCCGCGAGAAACCGAGAUGCGUGUGAUCGAACGUAUCCUGGAGGGUGAGCCUUCGUUUACGAUCUUGUUUGGUGCAAGCUCGGUUGGGAAGACUGCGCUUUUGCGGGAAAUUCUCUCGCGAAACGUCUAUCAUGUUCUUCACUUCGAUCUACGCAUACCCGGCUUUGCGGAUAUGACAAGCCUUUACAUGAGUAUGUCCCAGCAAAUGGAGCGUUACUUCGACGCAAUAUCCAAGACGACGCCUGGAUACGAGGAAUUCCAGAAGGAGGGACUGGAAUUCAAGCACGACAGGUUGAACGUCGAACGAAGGCUUAACGAAUCUCCUGUUGGAAGCUCUGGUUCGCAAGUCAGGACGAGCGAUAUUGCGAGACUCAUGGAGCUCUUCCAGGCGCGUAUUUCUACUUGCCAAUGCAGUUCGCUUCUUAAGUAUAGCGAGUUUGAGCCAUCAGAACAACAACCAGAACAUGGAAAACGUAAGAAGGACUCCGAUAUGUCCUCAGAUCGGACAAAACUCAACAGCUCAUCACCUUCACCCUCGCAUAAAUCCCGGUGGUUCAAACGUAAAGGCAAGAAGCCACGCGACGGACAGCAAAACCAGGAAGUGUCCUCGUCGAUGGCCAACUCCAACGCUCGCGAAAAGUCGCACGAGAAGGCUAUCAAGCGGAUUCCGGUAGUGUUCUUCGACGAAGCACAUAAACUCCCUGCGCUGAUUCAGUCAUCUGACGCGAUGAAAUGCCUCCUAGACUCAAUGCUGGUGCUCACGAAGCAAGACAGAUUAUGUCAUGUAAUCCACGCUACCAGCGACCCUUUUUAUCAAGCAUGGCUACGACAGUUAAACGUAAUGCAACACUGUAAAAUUAUCACCAUCGGAGAUUGCUCGAAGACAGAUACGCGCGCCUUUUUUAUCGAGAAGAUUCUGCCUCGCGUUCCAGAGAACUUGCGUUCAGGCUUGUCGUUCGACUCAAUAUAUGAUGCAUUUGGUGGCAAAUUAGCGCACUGGCAUGAUUAUGUCAAUGAUUAUGUCAAUGCAGGUGGAAACUUUGAAAUCAAGCAAAGCUCCCACUUCCUCCAGGCACACGCGGUCCUCAACCUUCACAUCAUCCAUUCCUCACAAGCCACCACAUUGCCCAGCAGUGGCCAAGACCCCACAACACCCAGCACACCUGCCGCCCGCCCGCGCUCCUCGGGGCCUGACGCCCUGCAUGCCAACCUCGGGCCCGCUGGUUUCAAAUCAUACCCUCCUGUUCGAAACUCUCUCCGCGAUCCCGGCAGCGUCAGUGAGGAAUAUUCUGCUGACUUCAGCGCGAUGCAACUGCUCAAGGUUAUGAGCAAAUUGAGUCAGGUGGGGACGAACCACUUGCCAUAUUUUUUGCUUUGUCGAGAGCUUGGUGUGCGCGCGGUGGAUGGGAUGAUUAAGGGGCGCGUGCUGAAUCUGCACUGGACAGACCCAGUGACGCACGAAGGAGAACCGCCAGCCCGCUCGGAACCAAUAAUUCCUACCACCGUUAUCCCACCGGUGGGUAUCAUACCCAGCCCAAUCAAUGUCGGGAGUGGCAGCACACUUGGUGCGUCCUCAGAAGACGGCGAUAUGAUCGUGGUGAAUCCCAUCAAUAUGUCUACGCGGGAGCUCGGGCAGAUUGACGAGGAAGACGAGCAGGACGAAGUGAUUGGCCCCAAACUGGUGCCCCUGACGCCGAUCAUGCGCUAUGCAAUGCGAGAGGUUGUGCUAGAGUAUGAAGAUGUACGGACAUUGUCUGAUUACGCUUCUUUUACCGACGUCGAGGAAUACUGA